CGCCCGCACACUAGGGCAGAUCGCCAAUCGUCGUCUUUUGAGAUCCUUCACGCCGCCCCUCCUCCGCAUCGCCCACCGCGCCCGAACGCCCGAACGCCAGGGCAGAUCGUGACUAUCUCCGUGCAGCCGCCGCCAUCCUCGCGGCUAGAAACAUCGCCCACCGUUCCACCGCCGCUCGCGCCGCUAUCUCCUCCCCCUCACGCUUGCCCCGCCGCCGUUCUAGCCCCUCGACGUGCUUGCCGCAGACGAGGACGCGGCCGCCUCCAGCCUCCACAGCCCUCCCUCUCUGGCAUCGUCUCCGCUCCAUACGCCACAGCCGAGGACGCGGUCCCCUCCACCCUCCACGGCCCGGGCCCGAUCCCCUUCAAUCCCCGCACCAAGCAGGCGCUGGCCCGAUCGGCAUUACGCGCUGGCCGCCUCGGUCGACGGCCGCUCCGACUGAAACCCUAGGUGAUGGCCAGUGGAUCCGGCGGCGGUGGUAGCGGCGCUGCCUCUGGAGCUUGGGACUGGCGCGUUGGUGGCCGUGGGCCUCUUUCCCUGCAUUCCCCAUCUUCGCAUUCGAGCACACCUCCUCUCCUACUAGCCAAGGUGAUCAGCAAAGUUGGGGCAAGCCUUCUCCGUGACACUAAACCUAGGUCUGAAAUGACAGUGAAUGGUACUCCUCUCUUGCUUGAGCUCAAUCUCUUUUGGAAGAACAUUACCAUAAGAUGAUAGAAGCGUUUGCUUCUGCAUGUUUGUGUGGCUGAAGUAAGUUCAUGUGCCGUGCCUGUGGAGCGCAUUGUUGUGGGUGACCUCCGACUGCAGUUCGUCAGAGGUUGAAGAGGCAUUGAGAUGUGAGCCUGGACACCAUGUUCGAUCGCGCCACUACCACCAGCUUCAAGCCACCCUCUCUUGGUGAAGGUAUCAAAAAAGAAACGGUGCUUCUGUGCUUGGAUGAUAAGAAAUCAUUUCUCGAUCUCUCCAAUGAUUCUCUUUUCACUUCACCUGUCAUCAUCAAGCCUGAGAUACAUGAGAGUGUUUAUGUUUCUCGACAUCUCAUCCUGGGCCAAGUUAUGGAGAAGCUGAAACUCAAAGUGCACAGCUCAGGCUAUGACUCUACCUUCCAACCACUCAACAUGGAAACAGCAUGGCUGCAUGUUGAUUUGCCAUGCGGAAACAAACCUGGAGCAGAUUCAACCACUGUCAUCUUCGAUGAGCCACAACCUUCUCGCAUUGAAGCUGAUGAGAGCGCAUGCCAGGCAGUCCGCAAUUACUAUUGCAACGUUAGAGAUGUGAGCAUCAAUGACUUUAGUCAUGGCAUCCUCAAAAUGAAACAACAUGAACUGGAUGCAAGCAACUUCUUCUGUUCUGCCAUGCAAGAUAGAGUGGUUCGUCUGGUUCUGGAAAGGGAUGCUGCUAUCUCUGCUAUUGAAAAGCAUAGAGAGAACAUGAAUAUCAAGACCUAUCCUUUAAGUGAGGCAUUCAUUAAGAAGAAACAAGACCAGCUCAACAAUGAUUGCUUCUAUGAGAUUCUGCAAGACAAGAUCAAUAAGCUGCUUCAGGAUCGUAAUGUUCAGAAACAGCGGUACACCAACAUGAUCAAUGACCUGGCCUCUAUCUGUGAUAGCUUUGGCGAUCUGCUGCCAAUUCAGAAGGUUCACAGUGAUGAGGCCAUUUCUGCAGACACAGAGACUAGAUUCGUAUUCACCGGCAACAAAACCAGUCCAUCUCACUCUGAUCAGCUUGCUUUGGCUCUCCUCAAGCUCCUUCGUGGUGGGAUCAUCUAUGAGACCAAGCACGCUACCACUCUAUUCUGAGGAGGCUAGUGUUCUGUCCAUUGUAUAUAGCCACUCGCUGCUGGUACCUCUGUCCUGCAGAAACAGAGACAGCAGCCGCCUCUCCAUCUACAGAUAACUAUGGUAACGGUCCAGCCCAGAAACGAUAUCGCCGCCCAAAACAAUUUCGCCGCCCAUACAAGCGCAGCUUCCGGCACAUGGAUUCCGCAAUUCCGACUGCGCGCGGAGGAGCGCGCUGCUGUCCUAGUGUUGCAUAUGAAGGAGGCCAUCAUGGACCUUCCCCACCUGUGAGAAGCCCUCUCCUGCUGUGAACUCUAGAGUGGCUGCCUCGACAACUUUAUUGUCUUAAUAUCGCUAUCCAUUUAUGCUAUAAACUUGUUUUCUUUACCUGAAAUGUAUCUAGAAAAUGUAUAAGGAUGCUUCAAAACAGCCCUUAAAAUGAAAAAGAAAUGUAAACUAUUUUAAUUAUCUAACAACUGAAAUUGGUACUGUCUUAUAACUGAAAUCACCUGAUCUUGUUUACAGUUAAUUUGUGGCUGGUUGUGCUUUGCAGUACCCUAACUUCUUCUAAGGUUAUGAAGAAAAACAGCUGGAAAAAAGAUUAUGUACUUUGUCUAGGAAACAAUUAAUUUAUAAAUAUAGUUAUACUACUGACUGGUCUGUAGUUUGUGACCCGUUAUUUUACAAAACUGAUUGAGCGAACAAGAUUAUCGCAAUCCACCUCAAUGCUAACUCCAGCCUAUCCUGUUAUUUUACAUGACACACAAAACAGGACCUGUAAUAUCCUCUAUUUUUUUCAUAUGAUAUUAUUGAAAGAAUCAUGAGACUUGUGCUCUGGACUUAAUGUCUGGUAUGUUUUCCAUGUGAUUGUUUUUUAGCAUGUCGGACAAGAAUACAGGAUACUGGAGCAAACCACGUUGGACCCAUUCUCUUUUUCCCCCCAUCUCAUGUGAAUAUGCUUAGUUAAGUUGAAGUGUCGAUGGAUCGCAAUACAUGAGAAAAACACACACACAUCUAAAUCACAUUGCUUUCCAAAAUACAAUUCAGCUUGGCUCUUAUUAUUUCCUUCAAAGAUAGCAUAGUAUUUCGAUUUUAUUAGAAGUGUAUGGCAUUAAUGUAUCAUUUGUUCAACUGUAAUUUUCUCUGGUCAUUUAUAUUAUUUCGGGUGGGCUGAUGGAGAUACAAGAUAACACAAAACAUCUGAAAACAACACGAAUCAAACUCUAACCAGGUCUAUCCAUACGAGCUUUACAUCAUCAGGUUAGUCAGGAGGAAGGUGUAAAUGAUUUGUGUUCUGGAUCCUUUGUAAAUCCUUAAUGGUGGAUGUUGCGGUUGUGGAUGCAUGAAAACUCACAUAGUCUGAUUCAUCAGGUUAGCUGAUCAUUUAUUUUGGUUAGUUACUGGGCAUUUGGCAGGCACAGACAUACCACUAACAUCUGAGAUGACAGUCACCCAGUCUGAUGCCUUAACUGAUGAUAUGCUUGUUACCUGUCAGGGAGACACUGGCGAAAUGCCUUUAGACUAUAUGGAGAAGCUCUCAAUAACGGUGCUGAUUGAUGGUCUGCUUCAGCGGUAGGGGACCCUUUUGGACUCACGAGGUUUUGUUCCAUGCGCUGGUGACAAAUAGACGGAUAAUAUUUGCAUCACGCUGCAGAGAGAAAUGUUUUGGCUACUUGGUGGGUUACAGAAGAUCUAAACUUCGGAUAGUGUCAGCUUGCUUUUCAAUCCAUGGAGGCGCAUUGACUUAUUCUAGCAGUAUUGAUUUUUGUUGAAGAAUAUAUAUGAUGGGUCAGGCAGUGAAUUUUGAAGAUGUAGACAUGGAUCUAACUAGAAGAAUGUAUAUGAAGGAUCCUGCAACAAUCUAUUUAAAUAUUUUCCCCUGGCAAUUUCCUAUUGUUAGGGGUAGAGGUUUGAACAAGUGGUACUCUCCACUAGGAUAAAUAAAUUGGGAUGAAUUGAAUGUGCAUAUUCGAUGUGGUAUGUGUGAUCUUUUGCCAGUUGCUUAGUACGGAAUGUUCAGUUUUGCAGCACAUUUGAGAAAACAACAGUAGAACUAAUAUCAAAUUUAGAUUUUAGUUCCUAACUCUGACUGUUUGCUGACUUGCGGUUCAGAUCGCGUCUAGCUUGAAGUAAUGACACAAUCAUUUCUAUGUCAACUGACAGGAUAUUUCUGUUGCAUGUAUCCUCCUAAACCAAUCAGGACCAUGGUAUGAAGUCCUCUCCUUGAUGUAAAUUGCAAAAACAUAAUAUUUUUAGUUUGUUCAGUUUCUGUUCCUCCAUUCAAGGCUGUAGUCUCCUUUGAGGACACUAAGCCUGCAGUAAGGCUUUCCAUGUUUUUUCUAUUAAUUAUGAUUGGUUACAAAUAACCUUCUUGCUCUGCAGUGCUCCAAAUUAUUCUAUCUUUCUAGGCAUGAUUCAAGUAAUUUGUUAAAAUUCUUACUUUUAUCAAUGCAUAAUUUAGAUCUGCAAAAUGUUGGUAUUUGUCUAUAGUUUAGUUUAUAUGAGCUGCCUAGCCAUCACUGAUCUUGCUGGUUGUCUUGUCGCUAGGAGAGUGGAGGCACAGAGAGACACGAAGAGCAUUGCAUGAGCUGACUAAUACUGUGGUGAUGAUUGAGCAUUGCCUAAACAAACACUACCAUUGAUGCAGGAAUGAUUGAAAUAUUAUGUGGUAUUAUAAUUUUCUUUCUUUGGAACUUGACAAUAGAUCAGUUCUAAAAGACUGUUGUGUGCAUUGCUAACUGUGUUGGUCUUUCUGUUGACACUCAAUCUAAAAUCAUGAUAAGUGUGGUUUUCAUUACA